AUGUGUGGAAUCGGCGUUAUCAUUCAACGCACACCGAAGCAGAGUCCGAGUAACUUUUCUCACGAUGAUCACGGCAGACCGUUGGAACUGAUCUGCGAAUGCGUCAGACGGGCAAUUGGACCGCGAGGUCCAGAUGUCCAAUCCGAGACCCGUGUCGUAUCAGAACUGUCAGAUGAUUUUAACCUGGACCUACAAUUCUUCGGAUCUGUGCUUCAUUUACGCGGAUCAUCUGUGACGGUCCAACCCAUGAAGGGGCAAACCGGAAGUAUAUUUCUUUGGAACGGUGAAAUAUUCGAAGGUUUAUCGGUGGACGCUUCUAUGAACGAUGGUGAAAUAUUGUUUGAAAAACUUGAAUGUCGUGAUCGCAACGUCAAUGUCCCUGAGGUCCUGCAAAAUAUUGAAGGACCAUACGCGUUUGUUUACUAUGACGCGGCCAGAAAUCAACUUUGGUAUGGAAGAGAUCCACUUGGUCGCCGAUCACUAAUGAUAGCUCAGUCCGACAUCGCAGGUGACCCAAUUGUCAUCGCGUCUCAUCUCAAUGGCCAGGAUCUCCCAGGGAGUUUGGAGGUCUUGGCAGAAAGCAUCUUCCUGGUCGAAUUAUCCACAAAACUUGAUUCAUUGGAGAUCAUUCCUGUCGCACGCCAGAUCCCGAAACCGAUCCUGUGCCGAAAUCCCCCAGCCGAUCAAGACCGAAUCAGCCUCUCGGAUCUCAUAAAAGAUACUUUGCCACUAAGUAUGACGGACGCUUGUGAGGCAUUCAAGGAAUCUCUUGGAGAUGCUGUAAGAAGACGAGUGGCAAGUAUAUCUCAGAUCUAUAGGAAUUAUGACACGGAAGCCAGUGUUUCCGUCCUGUUUUCGGGUGGUCUAGAUUGCACGACCUUGGCGCUCUUGGCUCAUCAACACAUCCCUCCGCACGAAUCCAUAGACCUCAUCAAUGUUGCUUUUGAAAAUCCUCGGUCUCUAUCAAAUCUUUCUCAGCGCACAGAAGGUGCCAUACAUGACGUAUUUGCUGUUCCUGAUCGUAAAACUGGCGAGAGCUCGUGGAUAGAACUAUGUAAACUGGCUCCAAACCGGCUAUGGAGAUUUGUCAAGGUCGAUGUAACAAUAUCCGAAUAUUUUACCCACAAAGCUCAAAUCAUUCAACUGAUGAAACCCAAUUUCACAGUGAUGGAUCUUAGUAUUGCUGCAGCUUUGUAUUUUGCAGCCCGUGGGAUCGGAACAUAUCUUCUACAUUCACCUGAUCUAACCGACGGAAACGACCGCUCGGUCUGUGUUGAAGCAUAUCGCUCGCCUGCUCGGGUUUUCCUGUCCGGACUUGGGGCAGACGAGUUGUUAGGUGGCUAUUCCCGUCAUCGGGCGGCCUUUUCGUCCCCCGAACCUCCCAAUUGGACAGGCCUCAUUGAUGAACUUCAACUAGACUUGGAUCGAAUCUCUACUCGCAAUCUUGGGCGAGAUGAUCGAAUUAUCGGCCAUCAUGGGCGUGAAGUCAGGUAUCCUUUCCUCGACUCUACCGUUGUUCAUAGUUUGGCUAGAAUUCCGGUUCAUUUGAAAUGCGAUCCUGAUCUGGGACGUGGAAUAGGCGAUAAGUUAUUGCUUCGGUAUUUGGCUCAAAGCCUUGGAUUACGUCAGGCGAGUAAGCUGGAAAAACGAGCCAUCCAAUUCGGCGCUCGUUCAGCAAAGAUAGACGGCACGGCGAAAGGACAGGUUGAACUUGUGGAAGAAAAAGCCGAUGUAGAUCUAUUGUGUCCCUUUAGGUUAAUACAGACUGAACGACCCCGACUCACCCGUCGACAAGCCGAGAAAUUGGUCACUAGACUGUAUCGGACUGCCGAGGACCACAUCGUUGGGCUGUCGCCUUCUGACUUGGUACUUUCGACCUUGACUUUUAUCUCUGCGCCUGUUGGGCAGACUGCCAUCUUGGCCUAUCCUAGACAUCUCGAGGCGGCUCAGAGGCUUUCCUCAAAGGCUCGCGCCAUUCCGACUCCGUCUUCACCUGCCUAUCGCAUCGCGCCAAUCACAUCGAAAGGAAUGGGAGUGCUUGCUUCUCGUCAAAUCAAGACUGGAGAGCUGAUAAUCGGAGAACGACCAGCUAUGAUAUUGCCCGAGCGAUUGGAGUGUCUGAACCAACGUACCCUUGAUCAGGUCCAUUUCGCGAUUUUUGAUCAAAUGCCUUUUGUCAAUCAACUUGCAUUAUCCGCUUUGAGUUCCAAUGGAGAUGAACAUCCGAUUGUUUCAAAAAUCUGGAAUAAUGAAAUUUGCCUUGAGCUUGGCAAUACAUCCGAACAAGACACAUCUCCAUACACAUACUCUGCUGUCUAUCCCACCAUCUCACGAUGCAAUCACGAUUGCGCACCCAAUAGUCGAUGGCACUUUGACGCGUCCAGCUUUACUCUCAACUUAUGCGCUGUACGCGAAAUCCAAGCCGACGAGGAGAUCACGGUGUCAUAUAUCCACCAUCUUAUACCGAGGGCUGAUCGAGUUGGGAAACUUAAGGAAAAGUGGGGAUUUGAAUGCGAUUGUAGAGCUUGCACUUGGGCAUCUUCGGAGGCUCAAACGGCUAGUGAUGAUCGUCGCACCUUGCUGGGGGCCGAUGAAACUCUUUUCAACAAAUUCUUCUUGAUGCCCUCCUCUCUAAGCGCUGAUGAUGAGAGGAUCGAUUUUGAGGAAUUGGCAAAGGAGAGUGGAUUGAUCUACGAGGAACUCAUUCGACGCGCCGAACUCUCUCUUGUCCGCCUAGAUGACGAAAGACUAAGUGAAGAGCGAGGGACGAUAAUGGGAGCAAUGGCAAACAUCUAUCAUUAUGGUAUGGAGGAUUCUAUAAAAGCGAGUCAGGUCGCAAAAGAAUGUUUGGAUGUAGUCAGAGCGGUCAAAGGUUUUGAGUCACUCGAAGCAAGGAGGCUCAAAGCCUACAUAGGAUAUGUGGGAGCAGAUGAACGGACUUGA